GUCUGUCCCCCCCCGCAGCCAUGCCCGGCUCGGACGCGGCCCCGCAGCGCUCCCCCAGCCACAGGCAGAACGGCGCGGGGCCCGAGGAACACCCCGCACGGCUGCGCUUCUCCAAGCUGUCCCAGAACGCGUUCGCCCCCUCCAGAGGCUCUGCCAGGGCUGCGGGCUACGAUCUGUACAGUGCCUAUGACUGCACGAUACCGCCCAUGGAAAAGGCUGUAGUGAAAACAGACAUUCAGAUUGCACUUCCUGCUGGAUGCUAUGGCCGAGUAGCACCACGUUCUGGUUUAGCUGCAAAGCACUUCAUAGAUGUUGGUGCUGGUGUUAUUGAUGAGGAUUACAGGGGAAAUGUUGGCGUGGUACUCUUCAACUUUGGCAAGGAGACUUUUCAAGUUAAAAAAGGGGAUAGGAUUGCCCAGCUCAUCUGUGAGCGCAUUUGCUAUCCUGAGUUAGAAGAAGUUCAAGUUCUAGAUGAUACAGAACGUGGCGAAGGUGGUUUUGGUUCUACUGGAAAGAACUGA